CGCGCCCACGCUAUGGGGCGCCCCCAGAGCCCACGGCCGCCGCCACUCGUGGUCCUGCUGCUGCUGCUGCUGCUGUUGCUGCUGCCGCUACCACUCGGAGCAGGAGACUCCCUUCCCACAGAGAGCCGACUCAUGAACAGCUGUAUCCAGGCCAAAAGGAAGUGCCAGGCCAAUCCCAUUUGCAAGGCUGCUUACCACCACCUGGGCUCUUGUGCCUCUACUCUGAGCACCCCAUUGCCCUCAGAGGACUCUUCUGUGUCUGCAGACUGCCUAGAGGCAGCACAGCAACUCAGGAACAGCUCUCUAAUAGAUUGUACGUGUCACCGACGCAUGAAGAACCAAACUACUUGCUUAGAUAUCUUUUGGACUGUCCACCCUGCCCGAAGCCUUG